GCUAACAGAGGGAUGAGCCUACUGCUGCUGCUCCUGCUAGCGCCGAGACACAGCGACUCGCCAAAUAAGUCCCGAGCGCUUAGCGGACUGCGCACACAGUGUCCUGAUACCCGGCGCUUAAACCGCUCACGCCUGGCUGGAGUUCAGGCCUGUUCACACGACGGCGCCGUCGCUUCUUUUGUUUUGCGCUGCGUGUGCUAGCGAGCUAAACAGCAGCGACACACACAUCAGCACGCCGACUCGACUGUCUCAAAUUUAAUGGAAAGUCACCGCUGCAUUUCGGGAAAAACACCAGAGAGUCGAUCACCCGAGGCCGGACACACACACACUCUCACACACACACUGAUCAGACGGGGCCGUGUGUGAAGACGCAGCAGGACAUGAGCACCAUGUCUGAGGACAACAAUGCAGAUAAGUUUAUUAAGGAGAGCUCCAUCCUGGAAGAGUAUAGCAUAAACUGGACCCAAAAGCUCGGUGCUGGAAUCAGUGGACCUGUAAGGGUGUGUGUGAAGAAGUCAACACAAGAACGGUUAGCUCUGAAGAUCCUGAUUGACAGACCUAAAGCACGCAAUGAGGUGAGACUUCACAUGAUGUGUGCCGCACACCCCAACAUUGUACGCAUCUUGGAGGUUUAUGCCAACAGUGUGCAGUUUCCCCAUGAGUCCAGCCCACGAGCAAGAUUAUUAAUUGUUAUGGAGAUGAUGGAGGGAGGAGAAUUAUUCCACAGAAUCAGCCAGCACAGGCACUUUACAGAGAAGAUGGCCAGCCAAGUCACUAAACAGAUUGCCCAGUCUCUGGAACACUGUCACUCACUUAACAUCGCACAUCGAGACCUAAAGCCGGAGAACCUGCUGUUUAAGGACAAUUCACUUGACGCUCCUGUAAAGUUGUGCGAUUUUGGUUUCGCCAAAAUCGACCAAGGUGAUUUGAUGACCCCACAAUUCACUCCUUACUAUGUAGCACCUCAGGUACUGGAGGCACAAAGACGCCACCAGAAAGAAAAGUCUGGAAUAAUACCUACCUCACCCACUCCUUACACAUAUAACAAGAGCUGUGACUUAUGGUCCUUGGGCGUUAUCAUUUACGUGAUGCUGUGCGGUUAUCCUCCGUUUUAUUCCAAGCACCACAGCCGCACCAUCCCGAAAGACAUGCGCAAGAAGAUCAUGACGGGCAGCUUUGAUUUUCCUGAAGAUGAAUGGAGCCAGAUAUCUGAAAUGGCGAAGGACAUUGUCCGCAAGCUGCUGAAGGUAAAGCCUGAAGAAAGGCUAACCAUCGAGGGGGUCUUGGCUCACCCCUGGCUUAAUUGCACUGAAGCUUUGGACAAUGUGCUUCCUUCUGCUCAGAUGAUGAUGGAUAAGGCGGUGGUUGCUGGGAUCCAGCAAGCUCAUGCAGAACAACUGGCCAACAUGAGAAUACAGGACCUUAACGUCAGCCUGAAGCCUCUCAGCUCUGUAAACAACCCCAUUCUGAGGAAGAGAAAGCUGCUAGGUACAAAGCCCAGUGAUGGCUUCUUCAUUAAUGACCCUGAAAAUGGAGCAGAAGACUCCAAUGUGGCCCUGAAAAAGCUGCGGGAUGUCAUCGCUCAGUGCAUCUUCCCUCAGGCCGGAGAAAAUGAGGACGAGAAGCUGAAUGAGGUGAUGUAUGAAGCAUGGCGUUUCAACAGAGACUGCAAGCUGCUCCGCGAUGGCUUGCAGGGACUGACCUGGGAUGGUCGGGUUUUUUCUGAUAAAGUGGAUCGUUUGAAAUUGGCAGAGAUUGUAAAACAGGCUAUCGAAGAAAAAACAAACUCUGAAGACUCCCAAUAGAAAGUGCUGCAUUUCUAUUUCCUUUUGUACUGUUUAUUAAUUGUUCUUAAGCAAAUAACUGUAAAGUGUAAUUUUAUGUAAAUUGAAGCGCAUAUUUUCCCCCUUCCACGGACACGCUCGUGAACCUGUUGUACAGCUGUAGAUAACGCCAAGCUGUUGGUACGAGUACUUUUUUCUACAGACGACAGUGACGGAACAUUUCAAGAAGAUUAUUUUAGUUUUUGCAAGGAAAAAGUACCAACUGAGGCAGUAGCCUUUUGUAAUUCAUUUAAGAGAUUUAUUUUUAUUUUUGUUUUAAUGAUGCUUGCAAAUCUAUUUAUAAGAAACGAAAGCUGUUUUACCACAAAGCUUGCAAAGGACAAAUUAACAUAUGGAGGCUUCAAAAAUGGGUUGAGGUGGGGGUCUGGACAGAAGUUAAAGAUGAAAUUAUGAUUAAGUAUAAUUUCAUACCACGUCAUAUCACAUAACUAUGAAUUACAGCAUGAAAUAUCAAUCCAUCAUUUUCUGCUCCCUGAAACUGUACAGCAGUUCUCUGAAUUGGAAUGCUAAAUAAUUCCUAUAGCCUAUAUCACAAAAACUAUUGCAAAAUCAAGCCAUGCCGGUGUAAUCUUUCUUCAAUCAACUUGAUUUAUCACCAAACGCCCUUUAGUUCAGCUCUGACAAGGCUGUUGGGCUGUUGGAUUUCGCUCUAAUUUUAUUAAACAUACGAUUUGCAUUACAUGAACUGUUUUUUUUUGGUUUUCCUAAAGCAUCAGGGUCAUAAAUAUUUAUUGAUAUUGUGUGUUCAUACAAACCAAAUAUCAUGGCAUAAUUUAAAUAAGUCUAACAUUUGACCUGUAUAGUUAUAAUUUGUGUAAUGUUUGUGUCAGCCUUAAAGUUUUAAUAAUUUUGCAUAAGGCACCUGUGCUGCCUGACUAGGUCUCAUGUCCACACAUGCUAAAAUAAUUCCCCAUUUAAAGAUGUCUGGUAAGUUUUAAUUGUGGCAUAUUAUUAAUCUGAUUUAGUAAAAACAUACUAAUGUAUUUUUUUUAAGGAUUACAAUCCAGGGCCUAAUUUACUUGCUUUCAUUGUCUUUAUAUGAAACGAUGGAUGUAAUAAUAAGCUGUUUACCAAGACCUUUUCUUUAUACAGUUUAUCUAAACAUACCUAUAGACAACAUAGAAAAUGCAAAGAAAUAUGUAACACACUUUAUCAAUCAUUAGACCUUGAUGCAUUGGAAAUGCAAUUUAAGUUAUUAUUAACUAGGCGAUAUCACCUAAAUAUCGAGCUAAAAAUAACAUUUAUGUUGUAGCAACAAGUCCCCAAAUAAUACUAAUCCUCAGAUCCAGCACUACCCUAGUGCAGGAAAAUACCAACAGAUUUUUUUCUUUCUCUAACUAACCUUCAUAUCAAAGAAUGUGUGUUAAUAAGUUCAGUUCGAAGUUCAUCGUUAAAUACACACGCCUUCCUCCAGGUAUGAACCCACAAACACAGUACAGUCUACCUUAAUAACACUUGACAUUGUUAUUUUAAAGUGUUAUUUCAGUUACAGUGUUAUUUAGAUUACUGUAAACACUUUUCUAGAACCAAAAGCUGUUGAGUUGAACCCAAAGAUCUCACACACACACCCUGUGUAUCUGCUGAUUUCUCGGUCAGAAAAUGACAAUUAUUCUACAAUGUAGCAGUGCUCCUGGGGAAGAUCCUCUGUAUGUAACAAAACUGCUGAGCCAUAGUCAGGUUGCCUUAUUCCCAGCCCUUUGCAAACCAUGACGAAGCAAAUUCUCAAAUCCUAAAACUGCCAUCUUAAUAUGGUGAUAUUUUGUUCUCUCUGAAUUGGACAGAAAGGCUUUGUGUCUAUACCAAGUUUGCUACUACUAACAAAAUCCAUGUGUUUCUAGUGCUUCCUGUUUUUUUUUUUUUUAAUGUAUUUUAAUUUAUUUGAUUUCAUAUCUUACCGUUUUAUGAUGUGGCACAUGAGCACUUACUAUCAUUUCAUGAUGGAACACAUGUAGACCUCAGACAGUUUUUUUGUUUGUUUGUUUUUUUGGGUUGGGUUUGGGGUGGGGGGUUCUGACCAUGCUGAAAUAUUUGUAU